AUGGCACACGCAGCACAUAUCAUAGACAGCGCACUCGGAGCGGUGGGCAACACCCCAAUUGUAAGGUUGGAACGGAUAGCGAAACAGGAGGGCCUGCAAUGCAAUCUUUUGGGCAAGGUUGAAUACACCUCCGCCGGUGGGUCCGUCAAAGACAGGAUAGCGAAGCGCAUGGUGGAGGAAGCCGAGCGGGAGGGCAAGCUCAUCCCCGGAUACAGUGUUGUCAUUGAACCGACGUCUGGAAACACCGGUAUCGGUCUUGCAAUGGCGUGUGCUAUCAAGGUCAAACGGUCCUCCUACGACUACAGGACAUAUAAGGGAUAUUCGGUGAUCAUCACCUUGCCUAACAAGAUGUCUCUCGAGAAGGAAGCUGCACUUCGCGCACUAGGCGCGGAGGUCGUCCGCACGCCCACCGAGGCGGCAUUUGACUCCCCCGAGUCCCACAUAGGAGUGGCGAACAGACUGCAACGUGAAAUUCCGGGCGGCAUCAUCCUCGACCAAUAUCGCAACGUGAACAACCCGCUUGCGCACGAGUACACCACUGGGCCGGAGAUUGUGGAAGCCGUUGUGUCUACACCUCCCACUGGCGACCGCUCCUCCUCAGGCAAGGUCGACGUCUUCGUCGCUGGCGCAGGCACGGGCGGGACCAUCACCGGGAUCUCGCGCGCGAUCAAGAAGAAGCACAACAAGGACUGCAUCGUCGUCGGUGUGGAUCCCAAAGGCAGCAUCCUCGCCUUCCCGGACACCCUGAACGAGGACGGCUCCGGCGAGCAGUACGUCGUCGAGGGCAUCGGCUACGACUUCGUCCCGGACGUCCUCUCGCGCGAUCCCGCCGACGUCGACCAGUGGAUCAAGACCUCGGACGACGAGGCCUUCGCCGCCGUGCGCCAGCUCAUGCGCCACGAGGGCCUGCUGGUCGGUGGCAGCAGCGGCAGCGCGCUGAGCGGCGCGCUCCGCUGGCUGCACAGCGAUAAGGGCCGCGCUAUCGCGCAGACGGAGGGCGCGAACGUCGUGGUGUUGCUCCCUGACGGCAUCCGGAACUACAUGAGCAAGCCGUGGUUCCUCAAGAUGGCGCUCGAGGCGGAGCCGACGCCGCUCGCGCACCGCAUCGCGGAGGUCCUGAAGACGUCCAAGAGCGACGUGCAGACGAACGGCGCAGCGUCCAAAUGA